AUGCGCUUUGGUAAAGGAGAUCUGAUUGGCUCGGACUCCCUCACGAAGGAGCAGGUGAUCAAGACCAACGCCAACGUCAAGGCCCUGACCUACUGCGACCUGCAGUACAUCAGCCUCAAGGGCCUCCGUGAGGUCCUCCGACUCUACCCCGAGUACGCCCAGAAGUUUGUUAGCGAGAUACAGCACGACCUCACGUACAAUCUGCGAGAAGGCCACGGGGCUGACGUGGACUGGGAGAGUAACGGCGGCCUGGUGAAGAAGCUGCCAUCGAUCCGUGAGGAUGAGGAGGGUGACGAGGAGCAGAACACAGUGUCCCGUGCUCCUCGCUCCCCGCUGCGUCUCAGCAGGGGGCUCAACUCUCCCCUGCGCUCUCCUCUGCUGCCACCCAGGCCAUUCCGUGCUCCCUCCGAGCAUUCCCGCCCCACCACCCUGCAGAUACCGGUGGUCAGCUUCAGCAGCGCGCCGCCUGAACUCAGCCCCAGAUUCGUGGACGGCAUCGAAACUGAGAGCAACUGCACGUCAUCACAGAAGUUUGAGUUCAGUCCCAGCAUGUCACCUGCAGCACCACCGUCCCCGUACCCAGGGACCCGUGAGCACUCUGAGAUCAAGCAGAGUGUGUCUAAACUGACUGAGGAGAUGAACAGUCUCUCUAAACAAGUCUCCAAGCUCAGUCAGGAGUUGCAGGAAAUGACACGCCUGCUCAAGCCCCUCUUCCAAACAGCACCACAGCCAAUCCUGAUGACCAUGAUGCCAAAUCUAACCCCGCCUCCAAGCAGCGCCAGCCAGCUGUCCACAAGCACCUGCCUGGUGCUGCAGCCCCCCGCCACACCUUGCUCCCUCCAGAGACCUGAAACUCACUCCCUGUUGGACAGUGGAGACAUUGAGGGUGUGGACCUGCCAGGUUGCCUUCUCCCGACUCCUCAUUCACCGAAAAGGCCUAACUCAUCACCUUCAGCUUUGCCCCAGGUCCCGUCCAAACCCCCAGGGUGCAACGUAACGGGCCCCACCCACUCCAACCCCUCCUCCCCAGAGGAGGCGCAUCCCGAGGGCCUCCGAAGCCUCAACGCUUCCUCCAGUAACGGGAUAUUUUUGCCCUCGCUGCAGGACCAGCCUCCCCUGGCCUCUCACACCCCGUCACCCUCUCUGUCCUUCUCCAUGUCUCUCUGCUCCUCGCCAUCUCUGUCCCCCUGCCAAGGCCCCCACCCGUCCCGACCUGGCAGCUGUGCCAGCAGAGGCCUGCUCCCCCCGCCGCCCUCCCAGGACACCCCUCCUCCCCCGUCCUCCCACUGCUCAGCUCCCCCAUCGCUCACAUCUUCGCCAGGAGACCAUCGGCUGAGGCCUUCCCCCUCCGUCCUUCUCGUCUCUCCCCCCGUCUCCCUCCACCCCUCCACCGUCUCUCUGCCCUUGUCUCUGGACUUUGUCAGUGCACAGGGAAGGCCGGGAGACAGCCAGACGCCACCUUGGUGUAACUCGCAGCUGCGCCGCGGGGAGGCCAGACCCGUCACUCAGCCACAGGAGCUGGAGAUGCAGGAGUGGGGACGACAGGCGGAGGAGAGCAAGUCCUCCACAGAGCACAUCAGCUUCAUCGACGAAGAGGAGCCAGCGUUAUGAACGAGUUGGAACUGAGUGAGAGAUGAUAAAAGAGCAGCAGAGAAUUAAAGAGAUGAAAAAAGGGGAACAAUGGAGAUCAGAUCAGGGAAAGUGACGGCUGCAUGAUGGAGUGAAGACUGACAGGGAAACAGACACCUGGUCCAUUUCACACAGGAAGUGAUGCUCAAAGGACAGACAGGAAACACACCUGGGAGGCCGAUACGCAACGCCAGCUGUGAGCAAAUCAGUGUGAGGGAGUACUUUUCUACACUGAUCAACAACAACAGCACAACUUGUCUUACAGUAUCAACACGUCAGUAGCAUCAGUCGACCCCCGCAGCUACUGGGACACGUAGGACCAGAGCUUUUUAACCAGUUCCACUGAACUCUGGAGCCGAAUUUUUCCAGCUGACUUAAUGUUGCUUUUUAAACCCAGUAUGGAUGUCUCCUCCUCUUCAAAGGGCAGGUACAAACACACAUAUCUCAGCGGGACACGUCUUUAACAAAGCCAGAUAGUCGGAGCCACAGCACUGGGACUGGGAAUGUAAACUCUUCGUUCAGUCUCAGACAGAUCAGGUCACCUCUCCUGGAGAGCCAGUUCGUUUCAUCAGUUGGAUUAUUUUUUAAAGUAUCUUCCUCUGGGCUGGUGGAGGGAAGCUGACAUCAUCUUCAGAGUCAUACACACGGCCGUUACUCAUGUUCACAAAAAAAAACAAACAAACAGAUGUUUGAAUUGGUUUUAACUUCUGACAGAAACUUUUUUUUCCCCUAUAAAAUAAGUUUGAGGGAAGAACCCCGAUUUUAAACAGUCAGGACGCUGUGUGAAUAAAAACAGAAUGCAACAUAUAUUUAAUUGGAUACAGUACAAAGAUAUUUAAUGUUCAAACUGAUAAACUUAUUCUGAAUUUUAUACCUGCAACACUUUCCAAAACCUUUUCACCUUUUCUUUGGAACCGAGGACACCAAUUGUUGAAGUUUUGAAAGUGAAAUUUCUCAAGCAGGCCCCCAAAAAUCUUGAAGACUGACAGACUGUGGAAGAAAAUCCCGUGUGAACACUGUGAGAGAUUAGUUUCUUCUUACAGGAAGCGCCUUGAAGUGUACAUCGCAAACAAAAGUAUUAUAUAAAUUGUAUUUAGUGUUUUCACUACUUUUUCCUGGUGUCAUUCCACUUUACGCACAUAAUUUUUAGGGAUUGAAAUGUUAGGAUUUCUUUAUUAGUGUAGUUUUAUAGGGUUAAAAGAAUACUGCACUUGCAAAAUGACCAUUUGUGAAUAAGUUACCGUGCGUUAGGUUAAAUCUGUGAAGAAAAGUUUGUCCUUCCUGUGCGUCAAAGUGAACGUAGAAUCCAAUCCAAUACUCGCCAUGAAAUUAAGUGAACAAAGGCUGCAUUUAACAAAAGCAAAACUACAUCAAAACAUCUGUUUACAAACUCUCACAACACUUGCAGUAUAAUCCCAGUCCCAUUUACGCAGUCACAUGCAUUUUCACUAAAACAUUUUACUUUAAAAAACUUCCAGCUACACAUAGCGCACACGUGUGCAUAUGAGCUGCGCUGGAGCAGAGUUCAAACACAUGCCCAGGCAGGCUACUCAGCCAUCCAGCCUGGUGUGGCUACACAUUUUGACAGAUAAAGGCCUGUCUCGAUUAGAGGCCUGGUCUGGUUCCCACGCAGUUCUUUUUUUUUUAUUAUAAAAAGAUGUAUAAAAGCGGGUUGUUGGCUACCUCAAAUUAUGUGUCCAUUCCUUGAUUACCCUGUGAGUUAUUCAUAUUUCUUUGGUCCAUAAGGGUCCUCAGAUCAAAAGAUAAAUCCAAGUUGUGAGGGUCGUUUAACAGGAUAAAGUGGUGACGUAACUCACUCUCUGAUGCUCUGUCUGUCGGAGUUUUUAUCUGAAGCCUAAUUUCAUACAAGUAAUAUUCAUACUGGUUUCAAUAAACAGUUUGAUUGUAUUUCCUGAUCUUUGCUGAGCACCAGUUUUGUGUGAGAGGAAUUAAAGGCCUGUCUCAAAUACAGGCCUGUUGAGUUCAGUGAUUUAACCAAAUAAUAGCCCGGGCUAUUAAUUCAAGUUUUAUGUUUUUUUAUCAAAAUGUAUGUGUUUGGAAAGUACUGACCACAUAAAUGAAACGAGUUGUGUGAGAGUUUGUAAACCGAUGUUUUGAUGUAGUUUUGCUGAUGUUGAACUCGGCCCCCAUUUACCUAAAUUCAUGAAGAAUGUUCGCUUUGUUUGGAUUCACCGUUCACCAUGUAGGCAUUCAAGAUAAAGUUGUCUUCACUAAUUCAGCGUAACACGCAGUGAGUAACUGAUAUGCAGACGGUCAUUUUACACGUUAUGUGAACAGCUGCAAAAUAUGUUUAAUGAAAACAACAUGUUGAAUUCUCAUUUUGAAAGGGAUUUGCAGAUCUUUGCAUUCUGUUUUUAUUUCACACAGUGUCCCAAUAUUUUAGCAAGUGGGUUUGUACACAGUCGGGUCAGCAGAUGAGCAUGUCGAGGAGCAGCUUCUAUUAAAGUGCGAAAGAUGGACGACAUGACAGCUCCCCAAAAGUGAAGCCAAAACAUAUCGUUCGCCCCCUGGUGGCUGGCUGCUGUAUAGCUCAUAAACCCCACCCUGUCCAUGUUAGCAGAUCGGACAUGGGCCAAACUAAAAACUCAAAGUACACGUCAAAUAAAUUUUUUCCAAAGAUGGUUUCUGACAUUUUAGUUAGUUCUCGUCACGCUGAUGUUUGUUGAAGUGCUCACCUCUCUGAUAAGUUUUGGUUUUAACUAUACCUUCUUUUUUUCUUUUUUCUUUCUUUUUUAAUUUGAGGCCAUAUAAAGGGGGUUUGACGUCAUGAUUGAUCAGUUUCGCUGCUCGUUAUUGGUCGGACAGCAGUAACACGAAACUGCAAAAAUUGCUAGAAAGCAACUGCCAUAGUAUUCGAUGCACGAAAUAUUUUGGCUUCACUUUUGUACAGUGGGACGAAGUGGAGACCCGUCGUCCAUCUUUAUUCACAGUCACUGGUGUGAACUUUAAGCGGUAGUGACGUGUGCCAAAGACAAAAAGUAAGACUGAUGGAAAACAUGGCGGAACCACAAACAUCAUAAACAACACCCAUCACCAUCAUGACUGUUUACAACCAGCCAAUCAGAUUGUACAGCAAACUCCCACAUCACUCCUGAGCUUUAGCCAUCCAGCCAUUCGUGCCUUCUUCAUGAAAAGUUCCCUAAAAUCCUCCACCUGUUAAUCACAGGCAGCAUUUGGAUCAAAAUUUACACAGAAAGCCAUCAGAGUCACCUUCAGAGAUCAUGUGCACCUUUAUCUAAAAUGUUAUUUAUUUAUUUAUUUAUUUAUUUAGGCUGUGAAUUUAUUUAUUUUGUGGAGCAAAUUAACGAGGGAAACUUAUUUUCAGUGGGAAGGUUGUGACGAGUGUUUGUCAUCUAACUGCACAUUAACACUCCAGACUGAGUGUCACCUUCCUGAUUCUUAUGUAGCACACAUGCAUUAACACGUUCAUCAUCAUCUCCACCCCCCCAACCCCACCAACCACUGAGCUUUAUGCUGGGACGAGACAACAGCCUAACCCUAAAACUCCAAUACCCAGGCUGCAUUGCUACGGAGGUCUCAGGACUUCUUUUUGCUUUGGUGAGGUGCUUUGUGCGCCGCGUUACUUGUAAUAUAGACAGUCAGAUUUCUGGUUUCUAUUUUCUGUAACGGGAGCAGGGGAGGGACGACCUGGACUCUUUACACACACAGAUUCACUGAGCAGAACUCCCACUGACGUCCAUGGAGUUCAGAUCCUGCGGGUUACUCUGGGGUGGGGGUGGGGGGGUGGGAGGGGGUCUUGGGUACACAAAAGGGUUUUAAAUGCAUGUCACAGCUUUUUUUGCAUGAGGAAUGUGCCUGCUUUGGAGCUGUCGAGGGCGGAGGGCUGACGGGAGACGACAAACUGCCCCGCCCGACUGGAGGCUGUUGGGUUUCAGAUGUUUUAUUAAAGACUGCUGUUACAUUUAAAAAAAGAACUUUACCAUGAUUACAUACUGUACAACAAUAAAGAAGUGUUGUUUUGUAAGAUGUUGGACUCCUGUGCUACUCUGGGAACCAUUAGCCCCAGUUUGAGUCACAGAGGUGAGCGUCCUGUCUGAAAAGUGGAUGACUGGGAAACCUAGAAGGACACUUAACAACACUAACUGCUGAUCUGGAGAUAGUUUCAGAGUUGUUAAAGGAAUAGUUCAGAUUUUUUGGAGUGCUGUUGUAUGGGACACUUAUCUAUAGAAAGAAUAUUACAUACAGUAGAUGUCAGUGGACGGAUGGAGUCUGACAUGGAAGCUAGAAAUGUGCUGCUGUGGAGGGGUCAGCAACAAAAACCUUUAGCCACCUAAAAAGAUCAAUUUCAGUGUUAUUGUGUGCGCUAUAUUUAGAAUAUUUUCACUGCUUUACCUUGAUGUCAAACAGUGAUUUCCCACUGGAAAAUGAAGCCGUAAUAUCGCUCUCUUCAAAGCCAGACUCCAUUGAGAAAAACAGUAAUUUUACCUCACAGAACACAGGAGCUGCUGGUCUACUGCUGCCUCCAUCAGUUAGUUAGUUUGUCUCACUGUGUGACUUUUGCAUUUAAAGGGUUAGUUCAGAGUCAACAAAGUCAUGUAUUAACAUAAACUAACAAACUAAUCGAGGCAGCAGUAGACCAGCAGCUCCUGUGUUCAGUGUGCUAAAAUUACUGUUUUUCUCAAUGGAGUCUGGCUUUGACGAGAGCAAAGAUGAAAAACUGAAGCCGUUAACAGCUUCCCUGUUAGAACAAGCUGUCUGACAGAAAGGUAAAGCAGUGAAAUAACUCUCAAUAUAGCGUACACUUAAACUGAUGUUGAUAUUUUUAGGUGGCUAAAACACAUUUUGUUGCUGACCCCUCCACAGCAGCACAUUGCUUAACCUCCAUGUCAGUAUUCCAGCCUGCUUCUCCAAACUGAAGGUGUGCCGACUGACAUCUACUUUAGGUAUUACGCUGACUGUGGAUAAGCACCCAAUGCAACCCCACCUCAAAAAAUCCAAACUCUUUAAUAAGUCUAACCAUCUGGAUGAAAUUAUAUUCUGUCUGCAAGACUAAUAUGUUUUCCUGUUUCACAAGUUGCGUCGGCUGUUUGUGAUCCAGGUGAUCCUCACUCUUUUUGUAAAAUGCAAGAAAAAUGCAUUUUUUAUUUUAAAAUGAAACACAUAGAAAGAGGCAAUAGAAACAAAUGUAACUGAUAACAUUUUAAAAUGUUUGUUCAUGUUGCAUAGAUGCAUAAAAGACAUUAUUUUUAGAUACUGUCUCUGUCUGGAAGGAAACAGAGUCAGAAAAAGGUCAGAAAUCUUUUUCCGUCCUGCAGCAGACGCAGUAUUUUUAUCCAGUUUGUUAGAGAAGUGUUGUGUUAGUUGAAACUAUCCUCAGCACAGCAGGAAGUGUUGUUAAAAAAAGCCUCUGGGUUCUUCAGACAUCACUACAAAUUUACUUUUCAAAGAAACUGAUAAUUACCUCUGUGACUCAGACUCAGUGGGGAAACACAAGUUCACUGUUCUUGUAUUAACUGUAUUUGUGCUUCCUUUACACCGCAGAGAGAAAUGUAUUCUGUGCUACAUGUGACUGCAGCACUAAACACAUGAAGCAACCAGGGGUGCACCAAUGUGGAUCUGAUAUUAGCAUCACACACAGCUGGAUCAGGUACCAGACACUGUGGGACCAAUCCAUAUCAGUUCAUUGUAUUAAUCUCAUUACACGUAUGUACAUCAUGUGUCAGGAGCGCGCCAACAGAUCGCAUUUUGUUCUGCUUUUAUGCAGUUGAAUUUGUUAAUUUAUAGGUUUACACUUGAACUGUAGUUGCAGGAUAUGUCCACGUAAGUAUCUGAAACAUACCCUGAAGGGUUCAUUCAAAUCGACCCCUGGUAUAUAGUGUGGUAGAACACAUAUCAGAUAUUGUCUACAGGAUAUGUUUCAUAACCAUGUGUGUUUUGAAAUCAGUUAACAGGGGGCGCCAUCAGUUCCAAACAAGUGCACUGGCCUUACGUAGAAUUUGGUCAUAAAUCGAUGACAGUUUGUCCAAAUGUCACCAAACCUGGUGGAUAUUUUUAUUUAAGCUGUUAAAGCAUAUCCCCAAAAUGUUUCUGCAACUGACCCAUAGAGGGCGACAGUGUACUAAAGAAAAGCAUGACCCGGCAGAGAUUUGGACAUGAAUGAAUGAGCAUAUCCUGCUGAGACCCUGCGUCCUCCUUUGAGGACAUCACAUUUUGGGUUUACUGGACCUUAUACUUUAUUCUGCUUAAUUUAGACCUGUUGUCCUCGUUCGUGGACACUUUUUUGUGCCAUCUAGUGGUAGGAAGAGCACAGUACACAAAAGUGGACGAGGUCCAAAACCUGAUCAAAUUUAAUAGUUAAUGUUUGUAGUUCGACAUGCCAAACACACUUAACCAAUUUUAGAAACAGUGACAAGCUCAGGCACUGUUAAUGUAAAAGUGCUCGUUUGAAGACAUUGGGAAUUUAUUAUCAUUGAGAAUGUUUCGUUUUUUUAACCAAACAAAAUUCCAGGUCUCAGGAGGAUAUACCUGAUUGUCAUAAAACAUUUUAGACAGGUAUUGUAAACUGUCAAAGGUCUUGAUCUUUUGCAGCUCCAUGAUGGCUUAAACCCGCUGGCUGCUAUAUUUAAACACUGGUCUUGGAUUGGUGCACACCAUCUGCUGAUACCUAAAGCCUCGGUGCAUCCCUGGAGGCAGCCCCACAGCCCUCUGCUUUAAAGGGAUAGUGCACCCAAAUAUGAAAAUUCAGCCAUUAUCUACUCACCCAUAUGUCGAGGGAGGCUCAGGUGACGUUUUAGAGUCCUCACAACACUUGCGGAGAU